UCAGUUUUGUGAAUGGGUGAAUGGAAACGAUAAGUCACAAAUAAUUUACAUUUGACUAAUAACUUGAUAUAAUACAGCUGUAAUUGGAUAAAAAUUGUUUCAAUUCUAGAGUUAUCUGUUUAUUGCGGUGAAAAAGUGUAGAAAUAAACGUUUUAUCGAAACGUGUUGUGCUUAUGAUCAUCAGUGAACAGUUAAAUAUGUGAUUGCUUUGUUUUUUCGUAAUAUCCGUCUCUUUUCAAGAUCAACAAUGAAUACUGUAAACGGAAUAAUUUACACAUUUACAUCCAGCAACUCCUCGAAUGCUGCCGAUGAGGGAUGUAUGUUAGUGAAUACAUCCCAGAAUGUUAUUAUUACCGGGGCUUACAACGGAAUACCACAAACGUUAAUUCUUAACGUGAUAUCAUGGUCAUGUCUAAUCGCUUUGUUCACAAUACUGCGACGUACGGCUUGGAACUACGGCCGUAUGGCACUAGUUCAGCGUUCAAGAAAUCGCUGGACUAAUUUAUUCUACCGCGGCGCCGAUGGGGACUCGCUCGUCGAAAGGCGGCGUAGUCAGGACGAGGCUUCAAACAUCGAUGAAGGUUUCUUCGCUUGGUUGCCGGCCGUCUUCCGAGUAACACGCGAGCAGGUUCUUGCGAAAUGCGGUCCAGACGCGGUCCACUACCUCUCGUUCCAGCGACAUGCAAUAACACUAAUGUUUAUUGUUACAAUUGUCUCUAUCGGAAUCAUAUUGCCCAUUAACUUUCAGGGGACAAACUUACAAGUCGAUGCGAAUACAUUCAGUAGAACGACGUUGUCUAAUUUGAAUGGAAGAUCCUUAUGGCUUUGGGCACAUACAUUGAUUAGUAUUUGCUUUUUGCCAAUUUCGGUGUUAAUUAUGAGAAGAUGCACUGGACGGAAACCAGUCCCUACUUCUAUGACUGGAACUGUUAUGAUAACAAAUAUAUCAAGAGGUGAUAGAAAUGAGGCAACUAUUAGAGCAUAUUUCACACACAACAUCCCACAUAUUCAAAUUGUUGACUUACGUCUGGCGUACAAUAUUAACAAGCUCAAUGAAGUUCAAGAGAAGAAGGAAAUGGUCACGGAAGCACUCCUCUAUACUGAUACAUAUUACAAAAAGACUGGAAAAAGAAUAACUGUAAGGAAGGAACUAUGUGGUCCUGAUGUUGAUGCAUUGGAGUAUUACACAAAUGAAGAAAAGCGUCUCAAGGAUGAAGCAAAAAGGUGCCAAGCUAUGGUUCUUAAUGAUCCACUUGGGAUUGCAUUCCUCACUCUACCAUCAUACCAACUGGCUGAACAUGUUAUUAACAACUUUAAUUUGCACCGUGGAUGGGUGCUCACGCAUGCUACGAAUCCUUCGGACAUCGUAUGGGAGAAUCUGAGCGUCCAACCAAGCGUCUGGUAUGUUAAAGCUAUUAUUGUCAAUGUUGCCCUCUUCAUAGUUCUAUUCUUCCUCACAACACCAGCUAUUAUAGUCAAUCUAUUCAACACAUUGGUUGUUAAACCGGACUCUUUGAACAGAAUUAGCAGUAUAAUAUUUGAAUUCCUUCCUACCCUGUUGCUGUGGACGAUGGCUGCGGUGAUGCCGGCGAUUGUUGGCUUUACCGAUAAGUUCCUCUCGCAUUGGACCAAAUCUCAACAGAAUUACUCGAUAAUGACGAAAACUGUCUCGUUCUUGCUACUCAUGACCUUGAUAUUACCUUCUCUAGGAUUGGCCAGUGCGGAGGCUUUUGUCGCGUGGACUUUACACCACGAGAACGAUACGAUGCGAUGGGAUUGCGUAUUUCUACCCGACAAGGGUGCCUUUUUCGUCAAUUACGUCAUCACCUCGGGCUUUAUCGGUACUGCACUUGAAUUGAUUCGAUUCCCUGAGCUGUUCUUGUACGUGUGGUAUCUCUUGCAGUCAAAGUCGAAAGCUGAAAAGAGUUAUGUUAAGAAAGCUAUCCUCUACGAGUUUCCGUUCGGUGUGCAUUAUGCAUGGAGUUUGGCGAUUAUAUCCAUAACCAUUGUGUACAGUUUGGCUUGUCCCCUGAUUUCUCCUUUUGGUCUGGUCUACCUGCUGUUGAAGCACAUAGGGGAUAAGCACAACUUGUACUUUGCUUAUGGACCGAGUGACAUGAGCGGUGUUGGGGGUGGGCGGAUUCAUGCAGCGGCCGUGAGAAUGGUGCGAGUGUCUGUGUUGCUGUUACUCGUGAACAUGGCGGCGUGGGCGGGCUUGCGAUCGGGUUUCGAGGCACGCACUAUAAUCCUCAUUAUGGCGUCAAUUGUCGCGUUCGGUACGUUCCUGCUGCUCAGUCCGUUCCCGAGCUGCACGCCGCCGGCGCCGCUGCAAGCGGAGACGAGCGUGCGUUUCCCGGAGUACGUGGCUCCCGUUCUAUUGAAACCGGUCGAUACCACUCCAGUGUCGACGCCCUCCACGCCCGAUUAUGGUACCAAUUCGCCUGUCAGCAAUCCCAUAUAUAACCCCGACCCUAUAAAUAUAUAAAUUUAUAAUUUAGCGACAUUUAUAAAGAUACCAUUCAAAUAUAAUACCAAAAUAAUAUUGACGGGAUAAGACAAUUAACAGCCACGUUGAUAUUGAUUGGAAAUGAGUAUUAUUGUGAUGUAUGUAAAUAAAAAUAUAAUAUUUUUAUAUUAGUUAUAAUUUAGCCAUUUAACUGUGCAUUAGAAAAUAUCUCUACAUCCUUAUUACUUAAUUCAUUUUGUUAUAUUAAUGAACAAAAUUUCUAUGUAUGUGUUUUACUUAUGUUUUUCAUUUAUAUCUGUUAAAACAAGACUUUAAACAAUUACUUUAUAUAUAUGACAAGAUGUUUUAUUACAAACAAAAUAAUAACCUUUUUUCAAAAUAAUACUGCAAUGAUACUGGCGAAAUCAUCGAAAUACGAUGGGGUCCAGUAUUUAUUAAAAGAAGAAAAAGAUUGCAUAAUGAAUAUGUAAUAAGAAAUUAGCAGUUAAUUUCGCAAUAAUAAUAACUUAGUUAAUUUUAAUGAAUUUUUAUUUAACUAUACCGUUUGUUUGAUUCAAAUUAUUUGAAUUAAAAAUGUAAAGUUUGAAGUCUGCUUAAAAAUCUACUUACGUUAUAAUGUUUACUGUUGCGAAAAAUAAAUUAUUUUAUCUUUUAAAAUUACGUAGUACGGACAAAUAUUUUAACUUAUUACAGAAUUUUCACAUUAUAUUGUUUUCUUUGUAUUUUUUUUAUUCAAACAUUUGAGUUAAAAUUGUUCAUACGAUUAGUCUGGGAAUUUAUUCAAUGAAUGCUUAUUUGAAAUAUUUGUAGUUAAUAACUUAUUAGAAAUUAGUUGUCUCUAUGUAAUUUAUGCAAAAUUUAACAUUGUAGAAUUUAAAAAAUGCACGAUAAAUAAUAAUUGUUCAGAUUAUUUAUUAAAUAAAAAAAACAAGGCACUUUUUCAUAAGUACGUUUGCCGUUUGUCUGUGAUUUGUUGCUUAGAUUUUUAUUUUUUUAUAACUUAUGUACCUUAUAUUUUAUAACGAAUCGUUGUAAUGUAUUUUUUUGUGUAUAAAUAUUGUAUUGAAUCAUUGUUUGUCCUUUGCCUGUGUAUAUAUUUACGGUCCAAUUGGUUAUCGCUGACUCGAUGUACGUUUUAUUUUGCGAUAAUUUUAUCAAAUAAAUGACGUACGAAU